UUUCUUCAAGAAAGCCAGCCGCCUGCGUGCUCUGUCACUGAAGAAGAACUUUGACGAGAGUGAGAAAGAGGUAUCACAGUUUGAGGUGAAUAAGAAGGUGGUGAAAACUGGAGAAUGUUCAUCUGAUAGUUUGAUAGAAGAUAGUGAGGAGGGUGAUCAUUGGAACAGUCGAAAGAGGUGCAAACAGCGCGUCGAUACUCGAGGGUCAGGCAGGCAAAUUACCAAUUAGUGCAAGAACAAAAAGAACUCUGUGCAAAAAAAAAAUCUCGGCCAAAUCUCCAUGUCGCAUUAUUAUUUUCUGUUUUUUAUAGUGACAUUUUGAGUCCUCUAAAAACAGAUAAAAAAAAUAAUUCGUAUCACGAUCGGCCUCAAGAUCGAGUAAUUACUCCACCCUCGCCAGUGGGACAUCUUACAUAGCUUCACAUUUUUCUGGACAUCUAUUUGACUACUCAACGGAGGAUUGUGAGAAAAUAGUGAGUGUUCCAACUGUGAAUGAUUACACAAGUGAUAGUAGUACUGAAACGGACAAUAGUUCCGUAAAUUCUUCGAUAAAAAGUUCUUGUGACUUGAGUGUGAAAAAAAGUGCCGUGCCAAUGAAUCGAAAACAGAAAGAGGUGAAGAAGACUGUUUCUUCAGUGUCAAAGAUGGCACCGGCAACAAAUAAACUCCCGGGACGACAGACAAAUAAUUCCUUGUCGUCCAUUACGGGGAAUAUAAUCAUUCCAGAAAUUGGUUCUGGAAGUGCAAAGAGUGCUGGAAACUCUACGGAAAAUCGCAAGGAAGUUGCAGAGAAGGCGAGGAAGAAGAAGACAAAGUCAUCUCAAAUAUUUACAACAUCAAUCAUUCCAACUCUUAGUUUUACGGAGACAGAAGAGGUCCUCCAAAUUGGUAUGCACAAAGUGCUGGAGUAUGUGAAGAAUCACAAGGAUGCUUGGCCCUUUAUGGAUCCCGUUGAGGAGGACAUUGCUCCAAGAUAUUAUUCCAUCAUUAGAAGACCAAUGGACCUCCUAAAGAUGGAAGAAAAAUUGGACAACGGAGAAUAUGCAACAUUUACGGAAUUUAGGAAUGAUUUUAAACUCAUUGUCAACAAUUGUCGACUGUACAAUGGGCAAAAUAAUGAGUACACUGAAAUGGUAAACAACCUCCAAGAGGCAUUUGAGAAGGCAACAAAAAAGUACUUUGAGCAAAAUUCAUCUGAUGAAGAAGAUGCAAAUCUGGAAUAUCCGGAUUUGAAGACGAAUGUAUUCAGGGAGAAGUAUUCGGGUGGCACUAAGCCAAUAGCUGUUAAAUCAAACAAAAAGGAAAUUGGAAAGAAAAGUACAACGAAAAGAUCAAAACAAGAUAAUGAUGAUGAUAAUGAUGAUGAGGAUGAUGAAUCUGGGGAGAGUGAUGUGAGUGAGGAGGUGAUAAAAGUGAAGAAAGGCAAAGGCGUUGAUAAUGUCAAAGAGAGUUCGGAGAAGCAAAAGACACAAAAGCAUAAGCAUCAAGAGUCAAAUGUGAGCAAGGAACCAAUUGAGAGUCCACGUGGUACAAAGAGAAAGAGAAAGGAGAAGGAUAAAGAUCGGAAGAGAAGGAAGAAAAAUGAUGGGAAGAAUGAUCGUAAAAAUUAUGAAAGUGAUGAAGUGGAUGAAAGUGAAGAGGAGCCUGAGAUUAAAAAGGGUGGCAAAAGGGUCAGCCCAAGUGUUAAAGAUACCUCAAAGAGUGCACCGUCGAAGAAGGAGAAGGUGGAGAAGAAUCAAGGUUCUGUGAAACGGGACAAAGUGAAGAGUGCAAAGGAAAAUGUGCCCAAAGAACCGUCAAAGAAGGUGGAAACACCAAAGAAUGCUGGAAAAGGGGUCCAGAAGAAGGCUAAGAAUGUUGCAACGAAGGAAUCACCAACAAUUGCAAAAAAUGACAAAGUAUCGAAGAAGAAGCAGAAUGAUGCAGAUGAAACGGUUUCAAAGGAUUUCAGUUCAGAUGGGAGUCUACUGAAUUAUCCGAUAAAGAAGAAAGUGCCAGAGAAGAAGAAUGAUGGGGGGAAGAAAGUGAAAGAGAAGGGUGGAAAGGGUCGUGGUGGUAAGGAAAAGGUGAAAGAAGAAGAGUCUCCUAAGAAAAAUAAACAUAAGACAAAAGCUGUGGUAUCUCCGGAAAUUAGUGCAAAAGGCGAAAAGAAAGUUAAAGGUGCAAAUAUAUCAUCAAUUUCAUCAGAACGUUCUUCAGUCAUGUCCCAAAGUGCCUACAACAAGAGCAACAGCUCCAACAAACAAAACACCAAUAAAACAUCAUUGAAUCGUUAUCACAAAGAUGAUGAUUUAAUGUCAAUAUCCAGUCGUAGUUUCUCACGAAGUCCCAGUCCGGUUUCAUCAACAUUCACCAAUGAUUCCGAUGAUGACUUCCACAACGAUGGUGAACGGAAGAAACGCAAAUUACCAUCGAGACCACCAACACCUGAUAUUAAGGAUAAGUUUGAUUUGAUCAAGGAACGUCGAAGAGGAAUGGGAAUGGGAGAUGAGAAGCAAUCGUCAAAAGGUGGAACAGGUAAGGGUAAGUCAACAAAAGGUUCAAAGUCAGCAGCAACAGCAGCAGCAGCAACGGGAGCGACGAAGGAGAGUGCGUCAACGGGAAAAGAUAUGAAAGACAAGCAUCAAACGCUCAAUGAAACAAUUGAGAGACUUAAGCAGAGCAAUGAGAAAACAAAACAGCGAACAGCAGUAAUUGAUGAGAUACUUGGAAUGAAGCCAACUCGUGAGGCACGAGAUGAGAAGACAAUUUUUGAACGACUUCGUGAUCCAAAUGUUGAUAUUAAAUCAUCUCCGCAGAAACAUACUCAAAGUGGUCGGGAGAAGAAGAGAGAUGAGUACGAUUUUGUCGAUGAUACGGUAACUACAACGCCUGCGGUGUCGUCACAUCGGGCUAAAAAGGAGAAUCAAACAAAGGGCAGUAGUGGUAAGAAGAACAGUAAGUCGUCGAAGGUGAUUGCAGAAUCUCCAAGUGGACAACAACAACAAUCAAAGAAGAAUAGUAAGACAAAUAUGGAAGCAUUGGAGCAGGGUGUAUGGGAACAAACACUGAAGGACAUCAAUCGUUGGUUAGAACCACCAUCAGACAGUAAUUCACCAUCUCGCUACAUCUGGGAUGACUUUGAAACUGAAGACUUUCGACGUCCCGUUCCAAUUCAGCAAUCAGCUGCGAUACGUCCUCAAGCAACAAGUGAAGGUCCACCGACAACUGCUGCAGCAGGAAAUGUUCAAAAGGAUCCAGCUGCAACAGCAGCUACAACAACAACACCAGCCGGACGGCAAAAUCCACCAAAUGCACCAGGACAGAAUCCAAAUGUUCCUCCAGGACAGAGAAAAGAUGCCAGCAGGGACAAGAGAAAAAGUCUCAAGGAUAAGAUAACUGUGAGAAAACGAGAAGUGGCCAGGCCCAUUGAUCGCCUACAACCAGGCAAGACAAAGGGUAACCUGAUACAAAAUACAAAUAAACCCGAUGAAUUGUUUCCCUUGGGGAAUUUGUCAAAAUUGAAAGAAAUCAAAAAUUCUCUAAUGGUCAAACCUACAGAAUCAGGACCAAAAUUGAGCCUUGGUACUGUUCUCGAUACAGAAGAAUUUGGUCUGGUGCAACAGCACAAUUUUGUCGAUGAGGCAAAAGCCAAUGCAGAUGAGAAGGUGUCCGAGAAAGAGAACAGUUGUGACGACAAAGAAAAAGUUGAGGCCUUUGUUCGGAAAGAACCAAUUGAAAAAAUCAAGGAUGACAAAUGUACCAAGGAGUCUGAGCCGGAUAAUCAAACAGUAAAAUCCGCAGAAAAGGUGGUUUCAGCAACACCAAAUUUGAGUGCAUGGUUCAAGGCAUUUGGUGCACCAAAGAAGAAGAAGGCCGAUGAGGAUGAAGUGUCAAAGAAGAAAAUGGAUACGUCACCAAAUGAAGGUCAAUCGAAUGAACUAACUGUACAAGGUGGUGCAUCAAAAUCACCAGGAUCAUCGUUGAACGGGGCUGAAAGUGGGAUAUCGUACAGUCAACCAGUACCUAGACAGAGAAAAGCUAGUACUGGUAGUACAGUUUCUGAGCGAUCAUCAUACAGUCAAGAUCCAGAUAGUCCGAGGAUAGCGAUAGAUGAGAGAAUGUAUCCUGGCCCAUAUCCAUCACCAUUGGGCGCUUCACCAAUUCUGACGUCACCAAAGUCAGAAGAACUGCCAAAAUCAGCAUCGCCAUAUUCUCUAAAUGGUGCCAUAAAGGUAGGAUUUUAUCAGGAUACUACAACAAAGAGCAGUCCGGAGAAGAGUUGUAGUCCACGCGAACAGCCAUCAACCUAUCCACAAUAUUCACAACAUGUCUACUCAUCUGCCACAUCACCAGCCAUGACAGGCCUUACGAGUCCAUCGUAUGGCAGUUAUUCGUAUCAUUCGACAAGUGUCUCAGCGGCAGAUGGCGCCAAGAAGAAUGGUGGUAGUAGUAAGAGCCCAGCAUCUUACUAUGAUCAGUACAAACAGCAACGAUCUGAAGAAUCGUCCGAAUACAAUAAUUCAAUGAGUCCAAACAAUAAUCCCAAUUCACCAUAUCAACAUCAACAGUUGUCACCCUAUCAGCAGCAACAUUCGCCGUAUCAACAGCAACAACAUUCGCCAUUUCAACAACAACAACAACAGGCGCAACCUAAAGUCAACAGUGGACCAAUUUCUCCAUAUCAAGCUACAACUCCGCAACAACAGCAGACAGCAAUGUCACCGUCAUCUGUGACGCAUACGCAACAAGCACAACAUCAACAAACACCACAGUAUCACGCUAGGCAGCAGCCGCAACAGCAGCAACAACCACAACAACCACAGCAAACACAGAAGGCGUCUAUGAUUCAAGGAGCACCCGUUUCGCCCUUUUCUCAGUCAAAUCACAGUUCGCCCUACUCACAGCACGAUCCCAAUUCGCCGUAUUCGCAACCUGAGCAGUUGUCACCAUUCCAUCAGAAUCCAAAUUCACCCAAACCAUCAAAUCAUCAGACCACACCACAGGUUGCACCUGAAAGUGGCCAACAGAUCAAUUCGGCAUCGCCAUCGGGUGAAUGGCAAGCGCCAACUCACAUUCCACCUCAGUAUGAAGCGCACAAUAUGAUGCCACCGGCAGCGCAUGGACAACAAACACUACCAGCACAGUGCAAUCAGGAUAAGUUGCCAAUUGGAGCACAACUACAACAUCCGCAUCGUGGACACAUAGCACCAAUGGCUCAGGCUCCGCCAAUGGCACAUCAUCAUCAGGAAAUGCCACAAAAUAUGACUCCAGCUCAUCAGAAUUAUCCACCGUAUAGUAGUUUGCAAGGGAAGCGAUACGAUGACUCUCAGAACUUAUUCAUGCCACCAACAGCCCAACAGGUUCUACGACAGCAAAACAUGUACGAAAGUACUCCAGCAACUGAAGCAUCAAAUCUCGGUGUGCAGAAUCCUCUGAAUUAUCGCCAAAGUGCUCCUGGAAGUUCAACAACGCAACCUGCGAAACACAAUGAACUACCAGCACAGCAACCAAGUGAAAUGAUUAACCCUGGGUAUCAGGGUAAAGUUGAUGAUGCUGACAAGAAUAUCAUGAGUGAUCCUAUGGCUAGAUUGGCUGCAGAUAAGCAACAGCAGCAACAAAUGUUUGAUCUGCUGGCAUUUAGUAAGUACGGCAAACAAUUGGACAUUUCGACAUCGAAGGCAUUUGAGAUGUUCAAUAGAGCAGCCUCAAUGGGCUUCCCAAAGUCACUUCCACUCGCCACAAGUGGCUCAACGGUGCCGCCCAGUGGAAGUAGCAAGAGUCCACCGGACUUAUUUGAUCUCAACUACGGCAAGGGGAUAACGCAGACUGACUACCCUGGGCAACCUGGCAACAACUUGCGUAGUGCACCACAGCAGAAGACCAUUACAGAACUGAGCCCAAUGGCUGGAUAUCAGCAACAACUCAAACAACAUCAUGCAGUUGAGAGUAAAUCAUCAAUUCCUGGAGUACAUCAAGCGACAAAUUUGCAAAUCCAGCAAACGUCGCAGCAACAUGCUGCUGGAGCCAAAGGAGUCGAUCUGGCCAUUCCCAAUCCGCGUCAGGCGCAGCAUUUGCAGGAAUCAGCUGCAGCGGCUGGUAGUCAGAAGGAUACCAAUGCUCCACGAUAUGAAACACUUCAGCCACCAGCGUACAAAUCCUCACAUCCUUACAAUCCCUCACCCAGUUCGGCUCUCAUUGAUCCAAGUUUGCGGAAUUUGACAACAUUGCCCAUCAUGGAUGAGCAUUUGCUGAGUUUGCAGCAAUCUUCAGCUGGUGGAUACUAUGACAAAACAAUUCCCUCGGCUCAUAUGUUUGGCAAGAAUAUGCAUCAUCAAUCAACGGCAGCUGCGAGUUUGCAGCAAAUGUUUACAUCAGCUCCAAUCUCAACAAUGUCUCCGUAUAAUGCUGCCAGGGAGGCAACAGCUGGGAAUAACUAUCAAUUGAGGAUUCCGAGUGAGGGUGGUCAGGCAAUGCCACAGACGCAGCAGCAACCGGAAGUUCCGGCAAAGGGGCAGAAAAGGGGAAAGAAGAAGAAAGGAGCGACUGCGAGUGUUCAGACGCCAACUGAAGUCGCCAUGGCACAGAAUGCGUUGCAGCAGCAGCAACAGCAGCAGCAGCAGCAGCAGCAGCAGGUGCAACAGAAGGGCUUCCAGUCGUAUGCGGGUCUACAGACGGGUUCAGUGCCUUCGAGUGGUGGUGGUACGACAGCAGGUUCCACGGAUUCUUCGGCCAUUUCACUGAAAUCGGCAAGUAUGGUGCCUGGGAGUGCAUUUAAUUUUGGACCAACACCAACGGGUCUAGGUUUGCCGUAUGGUCCGGAAAAUCCACCUGGUUACCUGGAGGAUUUCCGCAAUAAUCCCAAUCCUUACUAUCUUCCGGCUGGUCAUCGAAAUACUCCAGAUGCUGCUGCUGCAGUUGGCGAAAAGGGAGCUGGAAAUGUUCCACCGGUUUCUGCACCAUCAUACCAUCAAUUCCUAUCACAUCCGACCACAAGGCCAUCCUAUCCCUUCAUGAAUUCAUCGCAAUUGGACGCAACGGCUCCGAUUUAUCAGCAAUAUCUGCAGAGGGCGACUGAAAGUGAAUUUAGGGCACAGAUGAUGCUCAAUCAGGGACUUUUGGCACCACCAGGAGCACCUGGAGCUUACCCUCAAUCCACCUAUCAUCAUGCUCUAGGGAUGCAUAAAUCACCCUAUGAUGCUAUGAAUACCAUGAAUCGGGCUCCUUGGUUCUAAAACAAACAACAACAAAAAUCUCCCGGAUAAUGCCCAGCGCACGAUAACUUUUGUUUGUAAACAUGUUUUCAAAAUUUCCCAUGAGAGUGAGCGAGAUGACUAGAUCUAGAUCUCACUCACUCUCAUUGAAAUGUCAAAAACAUGUUUACAAAACAAAAGUUACUGUGCGUUGAGCAUUACAGAGAGAAAAAAAAACACAAGGACUAAUUAACCAAAGACGUUCUUAAGUUUUCUAUUUAGUUUUGCAACAACAAAAAGUGUGACUUCUUUCGUUUUUUUUUUAAAGACUCGAGAAAGAAUAAUUAUUUUUUUUUAGUGAAACAAUUUUGAAAUCCAGACGAAAAUCAAGUUUUUUACGUUCGUAAAAAAAUAUUUGCUAAAAAGAAACAAAUGAUAUUUUUGUUUUUUUUUUAAUUUUUAAAUUUUAGUAUAAAUUAGUUUUGUAGUAAAAGAAGGAGGGAUGGGAAGAGGGGUCUAAAAAAGAUUUAGAGAGAUGGUAAAGUCAAAAGUCAGCGUGUAGUUAAAUUACAAAAAAAGAAAAGAAAAAAAAAGAAAGUCUUCUGUGUCACAAAAUAUUAUCUUGUAGUAGGAAAGUUAAAGAGAAAAAAAAAAGUUAUUUUUUUUCGUAAUUUUUGCAAACAUUAAAUUGACAACGUAACUGUAGGAAUUUAAAUUUGUAAUUUAUUGCAUUUUAUUGUCACGACUUACGGCAAAAUUUUGUGCAUUAGCUGCUCAUAAUAUUCUUAUAAAAUAGAUUUAUUAUAAAAAAAAAAAUGCUCUGCAAGAGUUAUUUUUUUUCGUAUAUAAUUUAUAGACAAGAAAAAAAGGAAGAUAACACUAAAGGACACUUGCAUCUCAGAUUAUAUUUUUAAACACUUUUUUUUUAAUUAUCUCACAAAUUAGAAAUUGUAAAACAACAACAACAAAAAAAUACUGGAGCAUUCAAAAGGUAAAGUAAAAUUUAAAAUUAUAUAUAUUUUUUCUAUUAGAAAUCAACAAUAGAAUUUAUUGCUAUUAUUUUAAGAAUUACAUUGAGAUUCCUAAUUUAAUAUGAUGAAGAUUUUUUUUAACAAUGACAAUUUAUCCUAGAAGCUUACGAAUUCUAAAAAACAAAGAUGGGCAUAAAUACACUGUAAUUUUUUUCUAAUGAAUAUUUUACAGAAAGGUCAUGUUGGAUCUCUUGAGUAAGUCCCGUCAAAAAUAGUUUGGUCCACGCCCUCUGUGAGAAUAAUGAGCAAUUAAAAUUGACAAUUUAGUAUGACGUUCAUUUGAAGUUAAAUUGUUUUACGUUAUUCGUUUAACUCUUUCCGGACCACAACAUAUCCAGCGAACGAAUUUCAGUAAAAGUCACUUUAUUGGAAGUCUUAGUGGUCAAAUAUGAUACUUUUGUAGAGAAAGAAUUUUUUCCGCCUCUGGGAAAUUGGAAAACUCAUGGGUACUCUCGUCCCCAAAAGAACGAAAAGGAGACAAACUUCAAUUUUCCAAAAGCCAAUAAUAUCAAUUUUGUGAAUUAUUUUUGCGUGUCAAAUGACACCUUUACAAUGUUGAUCACUAAAACAAGAAGAAUUAUUGACCAGUAUCUUGUGGGAUGUCCAGGAAGUGGUCAAGAAUACACCAAAUACCUGCUUGCCAACAGAUUCCUAAAAAUAUUUCACACAAUAACACUUUAAAACACAUUUCUCUCAACACGAUGUUAUUGUAGACACAUUCAGCUCUCUCAAGAGCCAGAAAAACACUUCCUGGACAAUCAGAAUUCACCAAAAUCUGGAAGAAUAGGAAAAACUGCCCUGAAAGCAAUCUCCCUCGCUGCCAAAUGUCAAAAUUAUCGGCCAUAUUGGCAGAAAUGUUGUUCCCGCUUGGAAUUUUCUUGCAAGGUUGGUGUCAAAAAGCAAAUGGCGGGCAUUGGCGGGAUAACCUUACAUUUGACCUCCAGAUUUUUGCGGAUGAGAGUACCCAUAAAGUUUGAACUAGUUUUUUGAAAAUUUAAGAAAAAAUUGUUUUUCGAAUUUAUGUAAUCUGUAAAUUGUUAGUUAUCAUACUUAUUGGCCCCGAGAGGUUUUUUCUUAUUCUGGUCUAAAAAUAUAAAAAAAAAGUCACAAUAUCUGCAAGGGAGCAGAAAAUCGAAAAUUCACGAUUUUUGACCAAAAAUAUCUUAGCUCAUGAGUUAAUUAGGAUCCUGCAAAAAAAUAUCCUAGAUUUGGACAUCCUUAUAGUUUGUAAUUGUCCAGAAGAAUCGGAUUUUUAUCGAUUCUAGAUAGUCUAAAAAAAUUGUUGUUUCCAUGGGUACCCAGAGUCCCAAAGGAGACGGAAGAGUUAAAUCAAAUCAUCAAUCGGAACGAGAGACACUCAAAUCAUCCAGUCUUUUCCGGAAUGAAGUUAGGAAAAAUUCUUUCCUCCACCCAGAAUCGAACUGGAGACCUCGUUAACUAGACGAGUGUUCUACCAACUGAGCUAUUAGAGGCAACAUGAUCUGUUGGACUUGCAACACAACCUUAACCAAUUGCAUUGUGCACUUCAAUCGAACAGUUUCUGGGUUGCACGGUUUGAGAACGAUAGGGGAGACUGGGGCAAAAAGUAACAAAAUGGAUAUUUUAUUUUUUUUUACAAGCUACUCGAGCACCUCCAAAAUUUCUAAUUAGCACAGUUUUAUAGGGAAUUUACCGCUCUACAACUCUGUGAAAGUCAUUUUCUUCUAUUUUGUAAGGAAAUAUAUUUAUCGAGCCGUUUUCUAAAAGGUAAUUUUGUGAUCAUUCUCAAAAAUGCUGGGAUAAAUAGUAUCAGGCAUAAGAUAAGCAACGAAGAAUAACCUUUUGAUAAACUUAAUAUUCUGAAGGAUAAGGUUUGUAAAGCGACCAACAGGAUCUUGCUAAAAGUUUUUCAAGCGGAUAUUCUUAAAAAAAACUAUUUUGUAAAAUUAUUCGUAAAUGUUUGUCAAUUCCUACUGGGGACUUACGAAGAGCUCGUAAAUUAUAUGACCCAUUAAAAAGUUCGUAAAAGUUUGUAUUUUUUUCACAAAAAUUUUCCAUAACAUGAUCACUUGACGAGCAUUUUUUGUUCAUUUGCAAACAUUUGUUCGUACAUUUUUGUUUAUCUGGCAAAACAUUACGAACAAAUGACAAAAUUUUACGAGCAUUUUUUCUGUGUGCUUACGCAUAUUUACGAGAAAAUGUUAGUGAAAGAAUAAAAACUGUUCGUCAAGUGAUCAUGUUACGAACAAUAUUUGUGAAAAAAUACAAAUGUAAGACCUUUUAAGUGGGUUUUAUGAUUUACGAGCAUUUCGUAGGUCCCCAGUAGGAAUUGACAAACAUUUACGAACAAUUUUACGAAAUAUUUCUUUUCUAUGUGUGUGAAAUAUGAGAAAACAUUUUAUUAAAUUUGUAAAUCUUUUACGAAGUUUUAACAAAAUGCAGUUGGUUGUAGUACAAAUGAAUUUUCUUCUUCAAAUCAGGAAGUUUGGCAAAACGAUGUUCAUUUGUAGAUUUAACAAAACUUUUGCUCUAAUUUCUAUAGAGAACAUCAUUUUGUCGAAUUAUUUUUGACAACAAGACUCUUUGUCAAAUCGUCUGUUAACAAACUUUUGUUGAAAAUUUGACAAAAAGGUUGUCCUCUAACAAAGAAAUAAUGUCAAAGUUUUGUUUAAUCAACAAAAGAAUAAUCUUUUAAAAAUUAUUAAAAGUUCGUCAAAGGUAUGUUCUUCCAUAUAAAAUAUUUUGUGAAAAUUGAAAGAACAUUUGUACAAUGUUUUAAAAAAACUCAGUUUUCUGUACACAGAAAAAAAAUAUUUUGUAAAAAUGUUCGUAAAUGUUUGUGAAUUCCUAUGGGGGAGUUACAAAAUGCUCGUGAAUCCUAUAACCCACAAACAUGUUCGUAAAAGUUUGUACUUUUUUCACAAACAUUGUUCGUAACAUGAUCGCUUGACGAGCAUUUUUUGUACUUUUACAAACAUUUGUUCGUAAGUGUUCAUAAACACACUAAAAAUGUUCGUAAAAUUUUGUCAUUUGUUCGUAAAAUUUUGUCAUUUGUUCGUAAAAUUUUGUCAUUUGUUCGUAAAUGUUUGUUUUCCUGUCGAACAUCUUACGAACAAAUGACAAAAUUUUACGAACAUUUUUUUGUAUGUUUACGAACAUUUACGAACAAAUGUUUGCAAAAGUACAAAAAAUGCUCGUCACGUGAUCAUGUUACGAACAAUGUUUGUGAAAAAAGUACAAAAUUUUACGACCUUGUUUUUGGGUUAUACGAUUCACGAGCAUUUUGUAACUCCCCCAUAGGAAUUCACAAACAUUUUUACAAAAUAUUUUUUCCGUGUACUACAAAUAUUUCUGUUUUAAGAGUAGGAAAGUUGUAAAACGGAUUUUUUGUUAAAUUUACAGAACUUCAGUCGUCAAUCAACCACAUUUUGUUAAGGAUUUUCCAAAAAUAUAUUCUCGAAUAACAAAAAUAAUGUUAAAGUUUUGUAAAAUACAGCAACAUAUUUUUGACAUACUUCACAUUCUGAAAAAUAAUUUUGUAACACUGUCAAUUGGAUACUGUUUAAAUUUUGUCAAAAGAAUCUCUUUGAUUUGAUUAAUAUGCUUUACAAUUCCUCGAAGGUUUCUAAGUUUUAGCUCUUGACAUAAACGGUUCAAAAGUCAGAACGUUUCUAUAACAAACAUACGAAAAUCACUAAUUGUUUAUUAACUGGGCAUUGCCCUUUAUUUUGUGUAAUAAAUGCCUUUAUGAUCGUCACUUAAAUAAAGAAAACCGUAUGUGAUUAUCAAGGGGCGUGGCUUAAUGUAACAUUUAUCAAGUAAUUCGAUUUGUUCUAUAAUAACAUUAACCACUUUUACUUGAAUGUCAUUAAAAAAAACUGCAAAUGCUAAAGUUAUUUUAGCAUAAUUUCUUGAUGGAGCGUGACCAAAAAAAACAUUGAUGGGCGGGACUUAAAAGAUCUGAUAUCACCUUCGUGCAAAGUAUUAAAUUACCAAAAAGUUAUAUCGAAUUUUGAGAGUCCUAAAAAUUUCUAUUCUUGUAAAAGGAAAUUAUUUUAGAAUGCCAUGGUAUUUUUUUUCUUUAAAUUUAUUGUAGCAUCUGCUUCGAAUAUUGUACAAAAAAUAAAACAAACAAAAAAAAAGAAUGAAAUGCGUAGCAAAUUUUGCUAUUGGUUAGAGCAGAUUUUAAUGAUAAAAAAAAGAGAAAAUGGACGAGUGAAAGUGAAAGAGAGCGAGAGAGAGAGAGAAAAGUGCAACUUACAAAGAUUCUUUCUAUUUGCAAUACCCUUUUUGUUUAAUAAAGAAGAUUAAAAAAAAACCCUAUUUGUUAAACUAAUUAUUAAUUAAAGAAUAUUUCUUAGUUUUCAACACCAAUCUGUUAUAUCAUUCAAAUUUUAUUAUGUCUAUAAGUAGGAAUGGUAAAUUAGGUAUAAUAAAGCAAAAUACAAAAAAAAGGAACAUGUGUGAGUAAAACAUUUAUCAAAUAAAUUUACCAAUUAAUUUUAGAGGAAUCGCUCCAUUUAAUUUAAAUGAAUUUUAGUAGAAGAGAAAAUAAUGUGUAUCUCAUUAUACAAGAAAGAAAAAUUAAAGGAAAUAUUUUGUAAAUUUGUUGGACGACUCGCUGUACAUUCCCUCUUAAGGAUGAUGAAAAUAAACAAAAAAAAAACAAAAUACUGAUAAAUUUAGAAUUGAAUUCGUGACAAAGAUGUGCGCAAAACUUUGAGUACAGCAGGAGAACCGACCGUGAAAAGAUGAGCGAUAGGUCAUUAAAAUAUAUAGGACAAAUCUGUAGUAAAAUUAGUUGAUUUCAGAAUGUACAAUUAUAUAUUAUACAAAAGAAAUAAGAAAACACAGACCAACAAAUUGUAUAUAAGAGAAAAAAGGAAAUAAAUUAACAGUGAAAUUUAAAAGAAAA